UCAAAUAUCAACAUUGGUGAAUCGUAAUAAUAUUGUACGUUUGGACAUCUAGAGUUGAAAAUUACUCGAAUUUUCAAACCCCGGGCAAGUGAGAGCAAUUACUUUUAUAAAACACAACUACAGUCAUGUUGUCAAAACAGUUAUGGAGAUCGUUUGCCGCGAGGAACAAAAUCGUAAACGGUUUAUUAAAGCACAAUGAAAAGAAAACGCAGGUAUUGUCGUUAGUCACUCGAAAUGCAUCCAGUAAAGAUGUCGAUAUUGAUGCAGAGUUAAAUAAACCUGUGAAAUACACAACAAGUCCUGCUCACGAUUGGAAGGCACAACAUUCUCGAAUUGGAAGCAAGGCUGAAUUUGGUCCAUGGUAUGAACCACAUGCUGUCAGUCUUAGCUUAAUUUUAUUUAUGAUAUAUUUCUUUGUAUUACGCGAAGAAAACGAUCUUGAUUUAUUGCUGGACAAACCUUUGUCAGAAACAUUAAAAAAGGAUUAAAUAUUUUCUUAUUUUAGAAUUUUAUUAGGUGCCUAUGAAUACAUGUUAAUUAGCCUAAUAAAUCAUAUUAUGUACAUUUGUUUUGA